AUGCAGAGUGGCUUUGGCGACGAGGGUGGCCAAGGUGCGGGAGCAUUCCCUGGCGCGUUGAACUUCUGCACAGCAAGUUGGGGUGGAACCCUGGAGGGAGCGGUGACAGCGGUGGCUACGUAUGUCUUCUCUCCACUUGCGCCGGCACUUCCUAUCCCCUUCUUCGCAGCCUCGGCCUCAAGCAGUCCCAGUUUUCUUGACAGGCGUUUCCGCGCGCCCUUUGGAGAUGCCGCAAGCGGCUGCGAAGGUCCUUGCCUGGAGCCAGAUCGAUCUCAACGAGAUGUUGCCAGAGGCGCGGUUUCGGCUGCAGGAAAGGCCACCGUUUGA